CGGGAGUAGUCGCGUCGACAUGUACGCGCGGCUAGCCGGUAGCCGCCACUGGUUUGAGUCGUGUGGGAAACGAAACUAAGAGGCCCGGCUGACGCGCGUUCCUUACUCCCUGCCUCCGAUGCUUGCUCUCCCGUAAACCCCACCUAUGCUCCGGUACGCCCAAUCCAAUAUGCAUAUUCCUGCGGCUGUAGCUAUGUAACUUGGUAGCAUCUGAUUUACACCUGGUAGUGGAACGGUUGGCCGCAGUGCGACGGCAUAUCCGCGACUUGUCCAGGUGCUCAGUCAGAACUCUUUAGGAUACAGACCCAGCAAACAUGUGUACUGCUGCUACUGCGCCUGUGUGGAUUAGGAUUUGGGUAGCACCCCUGUUCUAUAUCCGACUUUGCCAUGAUUUUGGAGUUUUCUACUCGGUUUUUCUUUCAGCUCAUAAAUAUACCAACAGAUCAGAGGCCGCAUCCAUUAUACAUCCAAGAAUAUUCGCCCAUACGUCUACGGGUCGUAUGGUCGUAUCAAACGUAUACGCGAUCACAUGAAGGAUGGAGAAGGAUGGCCGGCUUGGGUGUGGUACCAGCAGCGAUCCGGGUUGUGUUUUUGUUUGUGAGAGACGUAAGUCUAUUCAAUAUUCAAUUUUUCAGCCGAAGGGAGUUGAAUGUUAUUUCCGACCGGCUCGUGUACUUGUUGGAAGAAAGGACCGAGGAGGUCGAUUUGGAGGUCAAAGUGCGGUCCAACGAAGCAUCGACCUCACCAACAACACCACCUUCCUCCAAUGUCUCCACUUGCCUUUCAGAUGGUGAUUCAUGA